CAUGCCCACGCGCUGUCCGCCCGCCUCAUCCUUCUUCUUCCCCAAAUCAAUCCGGUCAAAAUCGAGCAGAGCAGCAGGCGACUGAUUCCUCCCCCAAACCUUCCAAUCCCACUCCCUCGACCCCGCCUCGACGAAGCCAUGGUCUGCAUUGGAUGCCUGAUCCCGCUGUUCCUGAUCCCCUUCGUCAACGCGCUCCCGUACCUCUUCGACCUGCUCCUCAGCAAGGUUUAUCGCAUGCUUGGAUGGGAAUACAGGAAACCUGAAAGAGUCCCAGCUGCUUGCCCGUUCAACCCUGCAGCGAACAAGACUGCAGGUGCAACAGGCGAAUCAGAACCUCUAGUGAACCCCCAUCUUGCAAGCGGAUCAAAACCUCUAGUGGAACCCCAGGUUGCCGGCACAGAAGUGAAGAAGGACGAUUAACAUGUGUAGUUACUCACUUUGAUCUGGCCAAAACAAGAUAGCUCUCACUUAUUUGUAUGUGUGAUCGUAUUAUAACUAAGAAAUAAUUGCUGUAAGAAUGUAUAUUUCUGGCAAUGGUUUGCUGAGUGUUCCCACGGUUCUCUUUCCAGCGUGAA